AUGGGUUGUUGCUGUUCUAAAUAAAAUAAAAAUAAUAAUGAAACUUAAAAUACUAUAAAUAAAACCUCAUAAAAUUCUAGUGGUAAUAAAAAUAAUGCUGCUACAACUAUUAAAAGUUAGUGUCAAAAAUACUUAUCUGAAAAUGAAUAAUAAAAUGUUGAAAAAAAUAAUUAGAUAUUAAGUUCUGAAAAUAUUUCAAUUAAGCCAAAGCAUUUGAAAAAUCAGAACUCAAUUUAAUCUUUUACUAAAGUGGUAAAGAAAUUAUAAUAUGAGUAAAAUGGAACUCAAUAUACACAUGAACAAGAAGAAAUCUAUUAACUUCCAAAUGAUAUUGACCAGUUUAUGUCAGAUCGUAAUAUAUAAAAUGCUUCCUAUGAAUUAAAAAUUAGUGUAAUUGGACAUAAUUCUAAUUCAAACUAAACUAAAGCACUUUAAUAUAAAAAUAUGAUUGUUUUAAAUAACUUUAGCAAGAAUGAAAUACAGAGAUUCGUAAAUGAGAAUAUAAAUUUUUCAGAAUUAGAUUUUUAGUAAUUAAAAUAUAGCAAAUAAUUUAACUAGUUUAGGUAGUAUCAAUACUUCAAAUAAAAAGAAUAAAAAAAGCGUUUAGCAAUUAAAAGUUAAGAGGCAGAAGAGAGUGAACAAAUAGAAUCAAGUAUGCUAGAAAAAGUUAUAGAGAGUCAAUAUGAUUUGUAUGAGUGUGCGCAAGAGAUAACUCUACUCGCUUUAAAAAAUAUUUACAAUUAGAAAGGAAUUAAUUUGUUAUUUAAAAAAUCAAAAGAGAGCAAAGAAAACUAAUAAAUGAAUUAAAGUGUGAUAAGCUGUAAUAAAAGCUAUAUGUAGAUAGAUAUUUAAGAAAAAAAAGACGAUUAUGAUGAUAUCUAAAGACAUAUAACUUAAACAGGAUUUGAUUUAGAAACUUACUAUCAAAUAAGAUUAGAAAAUGAAGAUGAGUGGAACUAUUAGCUUGCAGAAAAAAAUAAAGAGGUUUUUGCAAAAUAUUUUAAGUCAGAAAUAAUAAAGAAAUAUAAUAAAUUGAAAGACGAUGACAUUAUAAUCCUCAAUAUUUCAGAAGGUUCUAUAAUAGUUGACUUUAUGUGCCCUGAGCAUAUUGAAAACAUAAAAAUAGGAAGUUAAAUAUUUGAUAAAAUUCCUGUUAAAUAUAUUGUCUCUGAGCUUCAAAUACCAGAAGAUUAUUUUAAUCCUGAUUAUGAUAUGUAUUGGGAAUAAACUGAUGAAGAAUUUUAUAGAGGAAAUAUAAAUGGCUUGGAAUAACAAUAUCACCUACCUGUAGGGUAUUAUGGACUAGGAUUAAAAGUCCUCGACAAUGGAAUUUAUCCUGACGAUGGAUGGUUAAAUUCAGAUACAAGUGAUGCCACAUGGAUUGUGCUUUUUCAUUCUACAUAUGCAGAAUGUGUUUAUAAAAUUCUAUAAGAAGGGUUCAAACCAGGAAAUGGUUAAGCUUAUAGAGAGAGUGAAUGCCGAUUUGGAAGAGGUAAAGUUGGUACUGGUGUUUAUUUUUCAGAUAAAAUAGAGAGAUGCGAAGAAUAUGGUGGUUUAAUCUAGGUUGGAGAAAAAUAUUACUCACUUAUAUUUUAGUGCAGGGUUAAUCCUAAAACUGUAAAAAGCCCACAAGAUGAACAAGAAUACUAUAUAUGUAAUAAUCCAAGAGAUGCUAGACCUUACAGAAUAUUAAUCAAAGAAUAAAUUUAUAAUCAUCAGAAUCAAUAAGAAUGA